UAAUCCUAGGGUCGGAUCUUAUACUCCUCUUUUUGGAUUUACAUUUUUCCUCCUCCCACUCUUACUGUCUCUCUUCUCUCCACUCUGUACUUCCGAGCAUAAACCCUAGCCCUCGCAGAGCGCGCAGUGAGAGACCAACCAUGAAUUGCUCGAUUUCCGGCGAGGUGCCGGAGGAACCCGUCGUCUCCAAGAGCUCUGGUCUUCUCUUCGAGAAGCGCUUAAUUGAGCGCCACAUCUCGGAUUAUGGAAAAUGUCCUAUUACUGGAGAGCCCUUGACAAUGGAUGAUAUUGUUCCAGUCAAGACCGGAAAGAUAGUGAAGCCACGACCGGUGCAGGCUGCAAGUAUUCCUGGAAUGCUGGGAAUGUUUCAGAUUGAAUGGGAUGGUUUGAUGCUAUCAAAUUUUGCACUGGAGCAACAGUUACAUACUGCCAGGCAAGAGUUAAGUCAUGCCUUAUAUCAGCAUGAUGCUGCUUGUCGUGUUAUUGCAAGGCUGAAGAAGGAAAGGGACGAGGCAAGGGCGUUAUUAGCGCAAGCUGAAAGACAGAUACCCAUGUCAGCAGCGGCUCCAAAUGCAGUCACUGAUGCUGCUCUAAGCAAUGGGAAAAGAGCUGCCGACAAUGAUGAGUUGGAUCCGAAUGGGAAAAGAAUUCGUCCUGGAAUCUCAAGUACUAUCAUUUCGGAGCUUACAGAUUGUAAUACUGUCCUUUCACAACAAAGGAAGAAGCGACAGAUACCUUCAACACUGGCUCCUGUUGAUGCUGUUGAGAGAUACACUCAGCUCACUGUAAAUCCUCUUCACCGGACCAACAAACCUGGCAUACUGUCUUUGGACAUCCUGUACUCCAAGGACAUCAUUGCCACUGCUGGGGCUGAUUCAAAUGCUGUAGUUUUCGAUAGACCUUCAGGUCAAGUAGUAUCUACUCUUAGUGGUCAUUCAAAGAAGGUUACAAGUGUCAAAUUUGCCGCAGAGGGUGAAUUAGUAGUUACUGGCUCUGCUGAUAAGACAGUUCGUGUGUGGCGAGGAUCUGAAGAUGGUAAUUAUGAAUGCAGGCACGUUUUGAAGGAUCAUACUGCUGAGGUGCAAGCUGUUACAGUCCAUGCAACCAAUAAUUACUUUGUCACUGCUUCGCUUGAUAACACGUGGUGCUUCUAUGAGCUUGCUUCUGGUUUAUGCCUCACUCAGGUUGAGGACACUUCAGGAUCUUCUGAGGGCUACACAUCUGCAGCUUUUCAUCCGGAUGGUCUGAUCCUCGGAACGGGUACCUCCGGGGCUCUGGUUAAGAUUUGGGAUGUGAAAAGUCAGGCAAACGUUGCGAGAUUUGAUGGACAUAUUGGGGCAGUGACUGCCAUUUCAUUUUCAGAGAAUGGUUACUUUUUGGCGACUGCUGCUCAAGAUGGUGUUAAGCUUUGGGAUCUGCGCAGAUUGAAAAACUUUAGGACUUUUGCUCCUUAUGAUGAAAAUACACCUACGCAAUCAGUGGAAUUUGACCAUAGUGGUAGUUACCUGGCACUAGGAGGCUCAGAUAUAAGAGUUUAUCAAGUUGCCAAUGUCAAAUCUGAAUGGAAUUGCAUCAAAACAUUCCCCGACUUGUCUGGAACAGGUAAAGCAACUUGUAUCAAAUUUGGUCCCGAUGCAAAGUACAUAGCUGUUGGAUCGAUGGACAGAAACCUUAGAAUAUUUGGGCUGCCUGAAGAUGGUGGUGCAUUGGAGUCUUGAAGCAAUAUUAGGUAAACUUAAUGGCCAUUCUUGAUGCUGCAAUUGCCAUGGCGCAUGUAGUGAGCUGAACAAAGAUGAGAUGUGUGUAAUUCUAUGAGGUUCUUGGAUUAAUCGGUAAAAUCCCGAAAUUUGGGGUGGGGAGCUAGAAUACGACAGACUUUACGUGGCAUUUUCAUUUUGCAAUGAACCAACCAGAAAAAAAAUUGUAUGUUUAGAAUAUGAAAUGAAAGGAGUGGUUAUUUUUGUGUAAGAUUAUUCCAUUAACAUGUAAGAGAAGUAAAUUAUUGACAACUGUAGGAUCUGCUUUCUUUGAAGUGCUUCCAGAUCUCCAA